AUGGACACAGAGCGGGCAGGCGCACCAAGCCCUCGCAUCCAUCCACCACCCCCGACCGACCACGCCAAACUCGACCAGCUCGUUCAACACUUCUACGCCAAGACGUGCGCCGUCGUCUCGCAAGCCCGCUCGACCCACCUCCAACCGCCGACCGACGACCACCCGCUCUCGCCCGCUCUCGGCGCAGCCUCGACCGCCGCACAAGUCGUCGGCCCGGCCGCUUCACCUGUACCACCGCCUCAAGGCCAGCCUCGAAGGGCGAGCGCAACCCUCAAGGACAAAGCGCGUCGUACCAACAAAUGGUUCAACCUCGAGCUACCCGACACGGACCAGUUCCGCACCGAGCUCAAGACGUGGCGCAACUUGUCCCGCCUCGUCGUGUAUUAA